GUUCCUCAGUGUAAUUAUAUGCCUGUGAAGUAAAAGUACAAGUUACAAGUACAAGACAAUUUAAGAAUUACGUCAACAUUUAUAUACAUAUUUAAAUUAAUAUAAAUAUAUAUAUAUAUACAUCCAUACAUAUCUAUAAAUUAUAUAAAUAUAUUUUUAAAAAAACUCAAGAAUAAUUAACAGCCGCCUACAAAAAAUAACCCAACCUACACUGUGACAUUUUUUUCAUCAUUUUAACAUAAACUGCCUCGAAAAAAUAUAUAAAUACAUAUUUCUCAAUAUAUAUAAAUAUAUACUUGACAAUUUUAUUAUUACAGUUUAUCAGUGGUCUGUGCAAACGUAACAGUUCAGUGUCAAAUAUUUAAUUAUUUAAAAAAAAAAUUAAUAAUAUUAAUUAAUAUAUGAUCUCAUAUAUUUAUAAAACUCUUGGAAGUUUACCUCAAUGUUAUUCAAUGGAAUAUAAGUUAUAUUUAGUACAUGACGACUAACAUCACUGGGAUCACCGCAGAGUUUGCAUCAUAAAUAAUAUUUGUUUUUUAAUCAUAUAUUUAUUUGAUAGAAAAAAGUAGUUUUUUAUACAUAUAUACAUACAUAUUUAUUUAUUUAUUUAUUUAUUAAAAAUGGAAGAUAUAUUUCAAUGGUGUCGUGAAGGAAAUGCGAUGCAAGUUCGUGUAUGGCUUGAUGAUACUGAGCAUGACAUGAAUCAAGGAGAUGAUCAUGGGUUUAGUCCACUUCAUUGGUGCUGUAAAGAAGGACACUCAAAACUUGCUGAAUUACUUGUCAGCAGAGGAGCCAGAAUUAAUGCUACAAAUCGAGGCGAUGACACUCCACUACAUCUAGCAUCUGCUCAUGGACAUCGGGAUAUAGUCCAGCUGUUACUUCGUAAUAAAGCUGAUGUUAACGUAACAAAUGAACACGGUAAUACAGCAUUACAUUACGCUUGUUUUUGGGGAGAUCAUGCUGUGGCGGAGGAGCUCGUGUCCGCAGGAGCUUUAGUCUCUAUUGCCAAUAAAGAUGGAGACACUCCACUUGAUAAAGCUCGCGGUCCAUUGGCAAAACGUUUACAUGACCUUGCUGUUGAGUUUGGACAAGACUUGAAGAAGAUUCAAUUUAAGGAUCAGAGUUGGCUGGGAUUAAAGACCCGCAGUCGUGAUGCGACGCUUUCAAGACACAAAGGCAUUAAUAUGGCUGAGUUGUCACUUCACACACACUUGGCAAGUACUCCGAGCGGUGAAACUUGGCGCGGAAGAUGGCAAAAUAAUGAUAUUGUUGCUAAAAUUUUGAAUUUGCGCGAAUGCACAUCUCGUAUUUCACGGGACUUCAAUGAGGAGUUUCCGAAACUAAGAAUAUUUUCACAUCCAAAUGUCUUGCCAGUCCUUGGAUGUGUAAAUCAGCCACCUCAGCUUGUAACAGUGUCGCAGUAUAUGGCAAGAGGAAGUUUGCAUAGAUUAUUACACGGUGGUACGGGAGUUGUGCUAGAUAGUGCCCGAGCUUUACGAUUGGCACUGGAUGUUGCACGUGCAAUGGCAUUUUUACACGGACUCGAAAGACAAAAUCGAUGCCGGUUUCAUUUAAAUAGCAAACACGUCAUGAUCGACGAGGAUUUGACAGCGCGCGUCAAUAUGGCAGACUCUAAGUUUUCAUUCCAAGAAGUGGGACGUAUUUAUGAACCUGCGUGGAUGUCGCCAGAGGCUUUAAGCAAACGACCCGCUGACAUAAAUUUAGAAGCAAGCGAUAUGUGGAGUUUCGCAAUAUUACUCUGGGAACUUGCGUCGCGUGAAGUUCCGUUUGCUGAUUUAUCUCCGAUGGAAUGUGGAAUGAAGAUUGCAUUGGAAGAUCUACGAGUUGAAAUUCCUCGUGGGAUUUCUCCACAUCUGGCUAAACUUAUCCGCAUUUGUAUGAAUGAGGAUCCUGGCAAACGUCCAUCUUUUGAUAUGGUAGUACCGAUCCUCGAUAAAAUGAAACGUUAAAGGACAGCGAGAAAAAAAAUAUAUACCCUGAUAGCCAAGUUGGCGAUAAACUGGCGUCAAACUAACAGUCGCAACUAGACGCAAAUACAAGUUCGCUGCAAAAGUUGGUACUUACAAAGUUGAUAGACACUUUCUGAGAAAGCUGGUGGCAAAAGUUGGAAAUUCAAUAAGUUGACGGUCACUUUCUGAGAAAGUUGGUUGCAAAAGUUGGCAAUCCAUAACAGGCGGUGAUCACUCAAUGCUUUUGUAUGGGACUCAAUUUUGUCAGCCGACUCAGUUUUUUCAUACCAACUUAAAAGCGCUGUCUUACAAUUUUUAGAGUUUUUAUAGUUAUUUAUACUAAUUGUUGAUAUCCACAAAGUUACCAAAUCAGCGGAAUCAAUUUUGGGAAAAUUCGUUUUGUCAAAUUCACUAUUUAAACUCGGCUAACUCUGACAAAAUUGGGCAUGGUGGGGGGCAGAAGUGAUCACCGCCUGAUCCAUAAGUUGAUGGAAAGUUGCCUUCAAUUUUCUCAGAAACCUGCUUUCGAAUUGCGGCUCUUCCCUGGCGUCAACUUUCUCAGAAAGUUGGCGGUAACUUGUAGCCGAAAGUUGAAAAAGCUAGAGUUGUCGACAAGUUGGUCGCAAACUAAUGAAUACCAACUUUUUGACGAGCAACUCGUACUAUCAGGGAUAACUACUAAGAAAGUAUAAAGAGAAAAAAUAAAAUUAUAAACCGACAAUGACACUAUAUAUUUAAGAAUAGGGUUCUAUAAAUUUAUCAUCCAAAUAAUACAUUAAAGUUUGGAUAAAUGUAAUAAUAAAAGUAAUGUAUAGGACCGAUCAUUACAAAUCAUAUGUACAUUACUUUUAUUACGUCGCGCAAGAUUCAUAAAACUUUUUGAAUCUCAUUCUCUACUCCGGUGCUGCCAACUUACAAUACAAAGAAAAAACUUUAUGAAAGUAAGAGUAUUAUAUACUUACUAAUAUAUUUUUUAUAUUACAAUAUUAUAAUCAUUAAAGUUUAUGAUACUGAAGUUAGCGGACGUCUAAUAGUUUUUUUAUUUUUUUCAAAAUGAUGAAAUAUAAAAUAAAAAUGUUUUUAAAAUUUUCACCUAUGGGUAUAUUCAGAAAUUCUCUCUGGAAGAGAGAUGCAAAUUUUGCGGUCCCGAAUAUUAUCAUGAUGCUGAAAGUAGCCGAUAUCUGACAACUUUGAUUGUUGAGGGGCACUACUAGUGUGAAAUUUUGGAAAAAUAGAUUUUCAUUUUGCAUAUUUCGAUAGUCCAUAGCUUCAAAAAUAACAUACUAAAAUUUCUAGUGCUUAUCUCAAAUGGUUUUUGAGUUACAACCGUCUAAAGAGCAGCCGCUCAUCGGUUCUCAAAACUAAAUUUUCCAGAUUUGCUGCAGUAAUAACUCGACAAAUUAUUCGAUCCAUUUAAUGCCAACCGCAGUUUCUUCUAUGUAUGUUUCUCCAUACCAUGAACCUCCAGUUUUCCAAUCGAAUAGAAAAUGUAAUUUUAGCAGAUCAAAAAUCAUUAAAAUUUCGCGCGAAAUUUGAAACUUUUUUUUUAAAUGCCAUAGUGUUAAAUUUCAAACUUUUCUUCGAUCGAGGGUCAUAUUACGGACAAUACCUUCUAGUUUAAUAAACUUUUUGGUUUAUUUUUUUUUUAUUCCCUGCACUGCGAAAGUCGCUAUUACUGCAGCAGUGGGGGACUUUUUUUUUAAUAUUGGGAGAUUGCGAAUAACUCUCUGAAUUUUCAAUUUUUCGGUCCAAAAAUUUUAUCACAUAUUUAUUAUAUACCCACAAAUAUAUCCUUAAAACAUUAAAACAUUCCAUGCAGUAGUUUUUUUUUUAAUUUCCAAAAAUCACUUUUUUCCAGGCGGUCACACUAGCCCCUUAGUUACAAAGUUAAUUGUCAUCAGAAAAAUUAAAAAAAAACAUACACAAGAAAAUUUUUGAAAAUUCUUCCCGUGCAUUUCUAAAAAUUUUUCCCGCCAGUAUUUAUUUUGUCUAUUUAUUUAAAACAAAUAAAUUCUUUCAACGAAUACUACUCUCAGCUUCAUAUAUUAUCUGGUUGGACCAGAGAAACAAUUCGCUUGCCAUAAUGCGUUCGUAAACUCUGCGGAGGUAAAUGCAGUAUCUGUUAUUCUUUCGUUCCUCUACCUUUAAUUAAACCACGUGACUUCCAUUUACUAA